UUUAGAAGAAACCAGACAGACAAGAAUCUGGUUUGUUUUAUCAAGGCAUGCCUUGAACAUGAAGCAUGCUCUUUACAACUCUACGGACACCUUUGGAAACCAGCAGAUUUAGCAAGAAAGGAACCAAAACCCUUCAUUCGAUGUCAUAUAUAUAUAUAGCAGCCUCCAAAAUGCAGAAUCACAUGUACCAGUGAUUGAUCUUUUGUCUUUCUACAACUUUUCAUCUCCAGAUCAUCAGCUUGUAGGAGGCAUUGUAAUGGCCAACACUCAAAUGAAACCUGCUGCUGCAUUGCUUUUGUUCCUUAAUUUCUGCAUGUAUGUCAUUGUGUUAGGCAUUGGUGCAUGGUCCAUGAAUAGAGCCAUUGAUUAUGGCUUCAUCAUUGGACCCGGAUUCAAGCUUCCAGCGCAUUUCUCACCCAUCUACUUUCCCAUGGGAAAUGCUGCCACCGGAUUCUUUGUGACAUUCGCUAUGCUAGCCGGAGUUGUCGGUGUAGCAUCAGCGAUAGCCGGUAUCAACCAUAUCCGUUCAUGGAAUGCCAGUAGCUUGCCAUCAGCAGCUUCGAUUGCAGGCGUUGCUUGGACCUUUACUCUACUAGCCAUGGGAUUUGCCUGCAAAGAAAUUGAGCUUGAAAUCAGGAAUGCUCGUUUGAGGACGAUGGAGGCAUUUUUAAUCAUACUUACAGUAACACAACUUGUGUACAUAGCAGCAAUCCAUGGCGGUGCUUGAUGCGUCUUUUAUCACUGAGGAGUUUUUAGCUUUGUGUUUUCCUUUUGAAUCUUGAAAUGUACAAAGAGGCCGAAGAUGGGCUGCUUCUGGUUGUGGUGUGAUUGGAUUUUUAUAUCAAUAUACAAUAAAAAGACCUUCUUGUUUGAUCGAAA